UAUAAUCAUCGUCGCCAGAGGUCACAACCGUUUAAUUUAGUGAAGUUACGAGCAAUGGAAUUAUCGUUUCGAGGGAAUAUUAAAGAACAAGGGAUUGAUGAUAGAUGUCGUUGCAUUCGUGCACGAUCUGCAAAUGGCAAAUCUAUGCAGAAGGAAAUUCGGUGGCUCGUGUAAUGUUUGAAAAAGCUGUAGAUUUAACUAGUGUUCAUAGUCAUUCCACGUAUAUACGAUGAUACAUAUCGAAUUUUAUCAAUGUCGCAUAAACAAUAUAAGCGUCGAAAAUCGUGUGACAGGCGAUUAAAUGUCAGUAAUAUCGUUAUUUCAGUUAUAUCUUAUUUUCGAUUGAGAUAUCAACAAAAUAUACUGAACAUAACAAAAUAAGUUUUCUCCUUUGCUGUCGACGACAACGCAACGACACGGAGACGAUCUGACGCAUAGAAACGCGUGCGCGCGCGCGCGUACGUGUACGAUGAUACACACAUAUGCAUUCAUUCGUACCAUCCAUUUUUGUAAAAAGGAAAGACGUUAAAGAGAGUAGUAACGAAAGAAACUUAUGUUAUACAACAUAGAUCGCGGUGUCAAUAGAUAGAUUAAGGUGAUAGAGAAUCGUUUUCUUUCAGUUUCGUUGUAUAUAUUAAUGGUCAUAAUAAACUAUUCUUGUUCGUAGUAGCGUAUAUGGAAACUAUUCGGCAUUGCAUACCUCGAAAGAUGGCAGAAAUAUGACGAGCAUAACGAUAACGUGAUAACAACCGAUUAAAUUUGACGUGAUAUCUGCCGAACAUGAAUAUCGGUUAAAGCGAAAUAUAUAUUUAUUGUAUCGUUUGGAAAUUCAUUACCAUCGAAGAUCCCUCGUUGCCUACAUUUUCUUAAAGAAUUCAACGGAAGCAGACGUCUCGAGUAUAAUGAACGGUGAGUAAAAAAAAAAUGAAUAGUCGUAUAUCCAUACUGGACGAAAUUAAUGUUCAUCGUAAAGUUGUCGAUGUGGCGCCAUGGAUAGGCAGCCAUUGUGCGCCCUUUGAGGCUGCCUUUCGAUCCUAUACUCGACCGUUACUCGUAUACCUGUAACGAACGUUCGAGAACUCGGAAUUCGUCCUCUGAAAUUGCAUUUAAUGGUCACCUCAUAUACGCCAUUUUUCGAACGAACGCGCGUGUGACGUGCCUAUAUGCACGUGCCUUUCGUAUUCUUAAGUGUGAAAUUUAUUUACAUAUAUUUUAACUCUGCAUAUUAUUUUUUUUAUUGGUGAUGUGUAAUGUAUAAUCUUUAUUAUAUUAUAAUGUGCAAUUUUAAAUUUACAUAUUAAAGGAGUAAUUCUAAUAAGAAUAAUUAACAAGGCAUUCAAUAAUAUUAAUUAUGAUACAAUAUCGAUGAACUUGACAAUAUCUAAUGAAAAAGUGAUAGCAAUUGUAUUUCUUUAUUUAUGACAUUGAUUUUCCCACGAUGAACCUGAAACUUUCCCAAAAUACAAAAUAAUAAGCAUUGUUAUACAUAUAUAUAUAAUAUAUAUAUAUAUGAUAUAUAUGUGAUAUAUAUAUCACAUAUGUUUUAACAAGAAGUAAAGAAAGGAUGGGCAAUGUGUAAUACGUGUAUAUACGUUCGUAUAACGAAUCAAACGGUCCAAUGGUUUUGUGUUUCGAGUUCCUACGUCAUGAAUUUAUGUAUAUAGUGUUCUAGUACAAUGUCGCAGUAUUGUGAAACCUAUUGUUAAUUAUUUUCACUCAAAACUGAAGAAAUGGAUAUAUUCGUAAUAUUGUGCAGAAAAUGUCGACAAAUUAAGAUCGUUGACAAUUCGAAAGUGUAGUAAAGUGUGCAUAAGUGAGGUAAAUUAAAAAUAAAAGCAGGAAAGAUGGAUGAAUAUGAUAAAAAAUUUGCGGAGAUGCAAAAGUACAUUCCAUUUUUAGAAGCUAUGAUCGAGAGGUUACAAAAUGUUAAGGACAAAUCAAGAGAGAUUCAGUUACAAAAAAUGCAAAGUCUGCAUGGAAUUUUAUCUAAUAGUAAACGGAAGUUAAAAAUAGAAACGUUACAAAGAUGUGAAGAUGUUCUACAAAAGUUACACAAUAAAGUAGAAAAGUUUCAGGGAAAUGCUCCAGGAUUACAUGUACCGAACAAAAAAAUCGGGGACCUCGCUUCGCAGCCUACAGCUUCACUGGACGAUACUGAAAAGCGUAACAAGAAAAAAAAAUCGGCCGAUAUUCAAGUGAUAACGAUACAAACGAAAAUGGAAGAAACUCCGGCUAGUCCAACUCCCCCAGUUAGUCCUGAAACGGUUCCUCAAAUGGCGCCUAUAAUUAUCCCUACAGAAAGAAGCAUUGAACCAAUAUCAGAAAUCUCCGAUAAGCAUAUUAACUUCAACGAAAUGGAGAUAUCUCACAGUAUUAAGCCAAUCGUUAUACCGAUUGAACGUAACUGUGAUAUAGGUAGACAGUCACCGAAUUCAAGAAUUGGCUCGAUUAGUAACGAAGAUACCGAUGAACUUACAUGUUCCGAAUGGGAUAUGUUAGAAGAAUCCGAAAUACAGAAUACAAAAUUUACUAGAGGUACUUGGAAAUCUGUGAUUUCUAGUAACCAUGAUGUUUCUAAUGCAGCAAAACUAAUGAGCAAUAGUUUACCCCAGAAAAUGACCGAUUCUCAAACGACAACCAAAACUCGACACAUAGUCACCGUCCCAGUACCUUCUUUAGGGGGUUCUAGGAGGCUUUCAUCGGUUUUAGAAAAAAAUAUGUUAACUGGAUUGAAUCUAGAUAUAAUUAAUUCAAAUAUUAGAACAGAAUCGCCCGUGAACGUUCCAGAAGUUUUACUUAAUUCACCCGAUCCUGAAAUGUUGUUCUCUAAGCCUAAAAAUAUCUCACCAAGAGCAAAGGAUGGAUUUUCCACACCAAAAUCAAAUUCAAAACCACCGAUGCUAGUUUCACCUCCACCUGUUUCGACCGAACCACCGCUCUCUAUUGAAGAUUUAGCCGAGCUACUCAAUGAAGAAGAAGGAACAGAAGAGGGUGAUAAAAAAGACGACCAAUUAAAAGAUAAUUCAGAUCUUAAAAGAUUAGGAUUGGAAAAGACAAAAGAAGAUACCCUAACAAAGAAAGAUAAUAAUAAAAAGAUAUCUGGCAAUACGGAUUUAAGUACGUCGAAACAUUUGCUUUCUCAAGACGAUAUUGAUCGCGAAAGCGAUAGACGUUGGGAAGAAGUGGACAAACAUAUUGUUAAACUUACAACGAGAAAAUGUUUACCAAACGCAGUUCAGACAUCGUCGAAUGCAAAACCGGAAACAUUAAAGUCUAACGAAAUAAAGGGUCCACCACCGUUGCUCCAACAUAAUUUUUCUUUAAAUAUUGAUAAGUCAAUUGAUCAUAGACACCGAUCAUCUUCACCGUCUUUUAAACUAGAAUCACGUUAUGCUGAAAGUUAUGAGAGACAUCCGCGUCAAUUGCGUGAUAAUGUCAACGAUAAAAUUCUAAAUCUGCACUCUCGUUUGCACGAUGAGGAAGUAGGAAAUGUACAUGUCUUGCAUGGUGGUCCUAUUAUGCAAGAGGACAGAAGUACUAUGCUUUAUCAAAGACGUGCACAAACUCCUAACAUAGGGGAUACAUCUAGAAUAGAUCAUUCGGUCCAACAGGAACAUUUUAAUAGACAAUCCGUGAGUCAGCCUUUAUGGCCAUCUCAUCCUCCCUCAAAUCCAAAUGAUUUUUGUAAUCCUCAGUGGACUUCUCCUAGUAAUUAUAAUGGAUUAGGGAAUAACUCGAUGCAAGGUAUGCCAAUACCUAAUUCUAUGUAUCAGCAUCCAAUGGGAAUGCUCCAAGAUAUGUGGAACUCUGGAGUUCCAAAUUCUGCUCCUAUGGAUUCGCACCCAAUUAACGAUUCGCCGAUCAGACCGAGUCAUUUUAACGCGAACAUUAUGCCUGGAAUUAGACCGUUGUUAAGUACUCCGCAUUCACGAGCUCAAGAAGUUGGUCACGAUGAUUCACCUAUGAAUCCAUCAAUAAUACCGCCUUUGAUGUCUCCUACAAAUUUCCCUCCUCAGUAUAGAGGUUUCCAUGAUGUUCCUUUUGAUAGACCUGUUGAUUAUCCGAUUUCAAGGCAAUCGUGGGAUCAACCGAUAAAUAGAUCGAAUGAACCCUCCUAUCGAAAUGAUCCUGAAAUGAAUUGUACAGAUGGGAUAAUGGGAAUGCCGGGUUCAUAUUCAAGACCUAGUACACCUUGCCCCUGGAACAGAGAUAGAGAUCGAUGUAAUCGAGGUAGAGGUAGAGAUGGGUAUUACAAUGAUAGAUGUAGAGGAGAAGUAAGAAACAAUUUUACUCGCGAUGGCCGGCCUAGACCUGAACGACUACUUAGAGAUGUUCAAAUUGAUUGGGAUAAUUGCAAUCGAUUUAAUAGAGACAGCCGAACUUCAGUUUCGGAUAGAGACCCACGUCUUCGAAUAGACCACGGUAAUACUUUGUCUCUAAACUCAAGUCAUAACCGAGAAAAUAGUAGUAGUAGUAGUAGCACCUCGAACAGAGAUCCACGUCUGACCAAGGAUAAACAAUCGAAUGUAAAUAAACUUAAAGAUAAUGCAUAUCAAGAAAGGGAUCCCAGAAAACGUUCGAUAUCGUCUUCGACGCUAUCCUCGACAUCACAAAAAGUCCAACAAAAAUCAAAGUCGAAAAAAGUUGAGGCCUCUAAACGUGAUUCAGAUAAUAGUAGCAAACAAAUGAGCGACAAGAUAUCCAAAGAUAAGAAGCAAUCACCUCUCGAGAGUUUAUAUGGUGUAAUAGAUACAAAGGGUAAAGGUAGUCAGUCGUCUGGAUUGCAAAAAUUCAAAAUACCAAAGAUCAAACGAUUAGAACAGUCGACACAUUCGAAUAAUUCUUCAAAUGAAGAGAAAAAAUCUGAUAGCGAUAAAAAUAGUGCUGAAAAAGAAGAUACGUCUGCAGAAGUUACAAGCAGUAGUGAUGUGCCACAAUUGAAAGAAAAUUGGGAUGCGGAUGAUGUAAUUUCUGAGACAGUACCUUUAAAGAACGAGGAUGUUUUAACGAUAAAAGGAACGAAUAUAGAGAGAGAAGCUUCAUCCCCGACAACGUCAAUCGCUGAUAAAGAUGAAACGAAAUUUGAAGAGCCUGAUUCAAUAAUGAAUACAUCCGCCGCUACUUCCGAAAUUGUAGAGAAUGCAAAGAAAGAUGAUACAGAAAUAGAUGGACUUAAAUUAAAGGAUGGAGUUACUCAAGAAUGGAUCGAAGGUUUAAUUAGGAAAUCUUUAGAAUUUGGAGAGGGAAAGAAAUUAUUUGAACAAGCUAAAUUAAUACAAAAAUUAGGCGAAGCAUUAGAAGCAAAGAAAUUGAAGAAAAUUAAAAAGAUCAUCGAAUCCGAAUCUGAAAGUAGCAGUUCGGAUAAAGAUGAAGAUGUUGAAGCAAAGAGGAUACAAGUUAAGAAGAAGCGACGUGUUAUCGUUUCUUCUGAUAGUUCUGAUGAAGAUUGCUUAGCAGAAAGAUUGGAUAUAUUGACUAAUUUAUCAAAAGAAAAAAAUGAGAACAAGGAACUUGAAAACAAGGAACUUGAGAACAAGGAACUUGAGAACAAAGAACUUGAGAAAGAUAAUAAUAUUAGAGCGGAUAAUAGCAUUUCUAUUGAAAAGAAUCAGAAAAAUAUUUGUUUUGAAUCUAAGGGAUUUGUAAAUACUAUUAACGAAUCUGAUAUUGAUAACUUAGAAAAUUCCUGCACUACUUUGGAAAAAUCUGGAAUAAUUGAAGUUGCGGAAUUUAACAAUGAUACGAACAAUAUCUUAGAAAAUAGCAAUGAUAACAAAGAAAUUGAAGACAAAAAGCAUGAUUUAGAAAAGAUACAAAAAUUCGCUGAAGAAUUGAAUGUGAAUGAACGAUAUACGUCAAUCGAGAAUACCUCAGUAAGUAAUAAUGAAACUACUGAAGAUAAAGAAAGUAGUUUAAAAAUUUCUAAACCAAAAACAAAAAGGAGAAAUUCUUUAGAAAUGUUACAGGAAGAUAUACGAGAAAUGUUUAUUAGUGAAGGUGUGGUAUCUGCUACAGGACAUCGUUUGUGCCGAGUUUUAAAAGAAAAUCAAACGAGUACUUCUACAAUUACACCUACGAGCAAUCCGAGUUCAGUAUCUAAAAAAUCGGAACCAUGCAAAUUAUCGAAUAAACAGAACGUGGAGAUUGAAGGUGAAGAGCAAAUAUCUAAAACAAAGAAAUUACCUAGAAUUCGAAAUAACGAGAAGUCGGGAAAAACUAAAUGCAAGAAUAAAAAAGAAGUGCAGCGAGUUACACGACAAAGUUCGAAAGAGCAAACUUUCAGUUCUGAUAGUGAGGAAGAUCAACCUUUAUCCUUACGGACUACUAAUCGAGAAUCGAAUAGUAACAAAAAUCUUGAUGUUUCUAAGGAAGAGGAUGAGAAAUAUCAAGAUGCCGAAGUUUUGCGUAGAAGUAAACGUGUACUUCGUAAGGACGUUCCGAAAGAAGCACGAGUUCUUAUCGAAAAAACGAAUAUUGCAAAAAUAGAUUCUUCGAAAACAAUGUUUGAUAGUUCUUCGGACGAAAGUUUAGGUAUAGAUAUGUCAGUAUUAACAGAUGUUAUAGAUAAUUCACUUAAUAUGGAAAAACAAUCAAGUCAUCAACGUAGCUCAUCACAAGUAGCAUCUCCUAAAAAUAAACCAAAUAUUCAGAAUUUUUCUAAGAAAGGUUCAAAAAGAAAGCGUUCGAUGCUUCUCAAUAUUGAUAAGAUUGAGGAUACUGUAUCUGUCACGGAUGAGGAAAGUAUUAUUUCAGAUAUAUCUAUGUCGAGCAGUAUAUCAUCUGCGAAGAAAGUUAAUAAUAAUAUUGAUAAAUCGAAUAACGGUGAAGAAUUAUCAAGUGAUAUUGUAGUAGGACUGGUACCAUCUAAAGCGAACAAAGACAUGUCUCAAUUAGAGAAAGGAAGUGAUGCUGACGUUGAUGAAGAUGUCAAUGAUUUGGUACGUAUUGAGCAAGGACAAAAGAAAAUUUCAGUUAAGAAAAAGAAAAAGAAAUUUACUUGGCAGAUGGGUAUUUUAUCAAAAAAGAAAAAGAAAAAGACUUCAACUUCAGUGCAGGUAGAAUCUGAUCGAAUUAUUCCUGAAAUUCAACAUACAUCUGAGAAAAUAAGUAUUCAAAAAGACAAAUCUGAUGUAAAAGAAAAAACAGAAAAUUUAGUAGAAGAAAACAUUCCAGAAAAAGAACAUAUAAAAGAACCUGUUUUACUCUCUGUAAAUUAUGAAAACAAUAAUGCCGGAAGUAAUGUCGUAAAUAGUAAAGAAGAUAGUAAGAAAAAAGAUAGUAAAGAAAAGAAUAAAGAAAUAGAUUGUACAACUUCGUGUAAUGUAUCUAUAGAGUCAUCAGUAAAAAAGACUAUACUCCAAACAGAAAACAAAGAAAUUUCACCUAUAAAAGAUGAUAAAACAUCUACAAAUGAGGAUGUAUCUUUAUUAUCAACAGAAGACUCUGUAUCUAGUGAACAUGAAACAUCUCUUAAUUUUCAGAUACAACAAUUAAUUGAAUAUGCUUGGACAGGUCAAGAAAGAUAUAAAUGUUUACUUUGUAGCUUCCAUGGUAAAAGUAUUACUCAUCAUUAUAAAUUGAAUCAUCCUGACAAGGAAGUUUUAAUAUCUAGAUUUCAAUCCACAGAAGCCCAAAUGGCAAUAGAAGAAUCUAAAAAUAAUAACUAUGAAGAGACAUGUACAGAGUUUUCAGAGAAAAAGUCUUAUCUAUUUAAUUGUAGAAUUUGUUAUUUUUCUACUGAAGGAACAAAAGAUGCUGCCAUGGAAGCGUUUUAUGAACAUUGUACAACACACACUGGCGAAUAUAGAUUUCAAUGUAAGAGUUGUCCUUAUCAAACUGUUACUAAAACAUCUAUGCGUACUCAUUACUAUAAACUUUGUCGCAAAUAUGGUAGUGUCUUUAAUGAAGUUAUGAUUGAAGAUCCAAUACCGAACGAGAAUGGUAUAUAUGGAUAUUUGUGCUCGGUAUGUAAUUAUGUACAAUUAAAACGAAUCAAUCUACAGACACACAUUAAAACAUGGCAUAACGAUGCCUCAGAUGUAAAUAUUAUAAAAAUAAAUAUGUCUACUGAUGCAAUUGAUAUAACAAGUCCAGUUCCAAUAACAAGUGAAAAGUUGGAAUUAAAGAUUGAAAAAUGUGAAACUUCUCAAUCAGAAGAGAAACAAAUAAAUGAUGAACAAAAGAAUGAGGCAUUGAUAUCUAAUAACUGUGAAAAUAAAAUUACAGAAACACAAGUUAUUUCUGAAGAGAAGGAUCAAGAGGUUUCUGAUAAUAAGGAAAUAGAAUGUACAACUAAUAAAGAUUUGUCAAAUAUUCCACCUAAAUCUAAAGAACAAUUGACAUUGCUUGAAAAGGAAUCGACAGAACUAACAGUACCAAUUACUAUUAGUGAUAAAUUAAGUGUAUUUGUAUGUCCACCUGAACUGGAGCACAAAGAAGUAGAGAUUCAAUUGGAACGAAAAAAGAAAAUGCAAGAGAUUGUUGAGAACUUUGGUAUUAAAGUACAUAAAGAUAUCUCUGAAAAGAAAAAAUCUAUUAUUGAUACUCUCAAAGAUAAAAUGAAAACAAAUGUGCAUAAAGAAGAUAGUCAAAAUAAAGAUCUUAUGUUAAUUAAUAAUGUUUCUGAACUAGGUACUUCAAACAACUCUGUAUCUUCCACAAGCACAACAUCAUCUGAAAGUAAUACAAAGACAACAGAAUCAUGUAUAUCAAAUGAUAAAACAACAAAUAAGGAAGAUAUAUUGAAAUCUGAUGAAUUGAAGAAAACUAAAGAGCAAGAUAAUAGCAAUACAGAUCAAAAUAAUUUAAAUCCUAGUUCUGAAAAAACAGAUGUCCAAGAUCCUUUAGUACCCACAAAUAUUGAUGGUAAGAACGUUGAAAGUGAAAUUGAAACAAGUGAUAAUGAAACUACUAGAGAGUCUGCAACUGUUUAUGAUUCAGAUUCUAGUAGUGAACAGACAGAUACUGAAAUAACUACAGAUGUAAACUCAAUAUUAAAAGAAACUUCCAAUGUAUCAUCAAAAGAUCCAAUGAUGACAACUAUACAAAGACUUGCUGCUCAACUUCAAAGUAUAAAAUCACGUGAUGGAUGUGCAUCUGAAAAUUCUACAAAAGUGCAAACUAAUACUGAUGACAAAAUGUCCGCGCCUGCAUCUAUACCAAAACCUCCAAAUGUUGUACCUAUUGCAAGUAUUAAACAUUUCUUAGGGAAACAAGAUAAAAAAAUGUAUGAGUCCAUAAAAGAAAUCACAGGUAAUGAUGACGAUGAACCAAAAAGUUUUCUCAGAUUCAGACGUUUGAGCGGUGAUAUGCUUUCUGUGUCUAAUCAUUCUUCAGAAAAUCAAGAAGACACUGUGUCCUUAAGUGGUACUGGAAGCCAAUCUGAUACUCCAGGGGAUAUAUUACAAACAGAUACAGAAGAGGAAUGUUCAUUUUUAAAAAUUGAGAAUGUAGUUAGUCUUGCACCAUGCACUGACAGUAUUGAAAGUGAAAAUACGAUUAUAAGUGAUAUCAGAAAAGCUGUUGAAACUUCACCAAUUAAACGUAAAGCAGUCUCAUUACUAAAAAAGACUGCUCAACCACUUAUUUUAAAAAGAUUUAAUUCGGUAACUAUAAGACAGCCAGUUCAAAACAAAAGUGCUGCUCAAGAAUCUCUACAAUUAAUACCAGUCCAAUCAUUGACAUCUACGUCAUCGCAUACUACCAAUUAUGUACCUAUUGUCCCAAAGUCAAAGAUAAUUCAAAUAGAACAUAAUAAAUUACCAUUUCAAGUUUCUGUUGGUAAAAAUACUACUAUUGCACCAGUAACUACACAUAAUAUUACAGGCUCAAAAUCUCCAUCUCUUACAAAUCUAAAUUAUAAAAUCCUAAAAGUAGUUAAAACAUCACCUUUACUUAAAGCAAAGGAUUUAACAUCACAAUCGAUACUAACUAAAUUGAAGUCUUCUGAUGCUUACACUGCUAUGUUGAAACCUCAAAAACUCAGUCAAUUUUAUAAGUGUAUGGCUCGAGAUUGUUCUUUUACAACAGAUUCUAUUACUUUAUAUUGUCAACAUUAUGCUCAGCAUGAUAUGUGUGUUAAUAAGAAGAAAGAUAAUUCUUCGUAUGACUACCAAAAGUGUGCCUAUUGUCAUACUAUUCUGAGUGAUUGGACACAAAUGCAACAGCACAUGGAAGAGAAGCAUGAACAUUGUCGUUAUCAAUGUAAUUGCUGCUUUUAUAGAGCAAUAGCACCAUCUUAUGUACAAAUUCAUCAGGCAGUAUCUCAUGCAGGAAACCAGGCUGGUAUUUUGCUCGGUAAAUUAAUAAAAGAGCUUCCAACAAAAGAAGAUUAUAAUCGCCAUGAUUAUAUACAACCAUUCGUAUGUCAACAUGAGUGUGGAAAGGUUUUUUAUAUACCAGAGACAUUCAUAUCUCAUUUGAAAACAAAGCAUUCAGUUACUCUAUCUAUUUACAAGUGUCAUCUAUGUUCCGCAUCAUGCUUAAAAAUAGAGCAACUUAUAAUACAUUACAAAAUUCAUGGGAUUUAUAAAUAUCAAUGCUUGUACUGUUUAAAUGGUGCAGACUCAUUUAGUGAUAUGCUUACCCAUUUAAGUCUAUUUCAUUGUAACAGAUUACCACAAAUUCUUGAACGUUCUCUACCAGCACAAGCAGUAAGAACUAAAGAUGUAAUAAAUCAACUUUUAAUAAGAACCUUGGACAUAAAAACAUCAAGUGAAAUGAUAGAUGCAAAAAAUGAAACAGAAAAUAAACAGGAAAAAGAUGUUGAAUAUUUAUCUUCUGCUUCUACUCAAUCAUUGGAAGAAAUAUCUAUAUUGGAUGAAAAAACAAAUGACACUAUAUCAGAUAAGAAAUUGGUUAAUAUAUUUUCAAUAUGCAGCAGUAAUGAAAGCAAUUCUUCGUCUGUUAAAAUGAGUCCUAAAUCUUGUGGAAAUAAUUCCUUAGAUGCAAUGCAUAAUUCUAAUAGCUGCAAAGAUCUUCUUCAGUGUGAAGAUGACAUAUCUGAAAUAUUGACUUCGUCACAAAGUUGUGUUCUUGAUAAAAAUCCACCAGAUGAAUCUUUUGUUCCUAAGAAGACCAUAGAAUCCGAAAAAAGUUGUACUCAAGAAGGAAAUUAUCAUACCUCAAAACACAUUCUUCAUGAACCUGAAUUACAAUUAUUAUCAGGUGUAGAUGGAGAUAUAAGUGCAGUAGAUCCAUUACGAUUAACAAGUAUAUUAGAUUGUUCGGAUGAAUAUGUCAAUAUUAAUGUUUUAGAAAAUCCUAAUUUUGUAAAAAAUGUGUCUGACAAUAGCAACUCAACACCUGAUAGUAAGAAAUCGAUAAUUAAUGAAAACAAAACAGAUGAUAGUGAUAUAGAAAUAUUAGAGCAGAUCGAAAUUUCUAAAAAUAAUACUAAAAACAAAGAAGACAAAUUAAACCAAAAAAGCGAUGAAGAUAUCAAAGAAACAUUAAAUAUAGAUUCUGUUGAAAAUAACACUAAAAAGGAACAAGUAGAUGUAGCUCAUAGUAGUGCAGAAGCAUCAAAUGGUUCUGUUUCAAAGACACACGAUAAAUCAGAAAAACCUUUGACUUUGGAAGAUAUUAAGGAUACAGGCUUUACAGGAAAUCAAUUAUAUAAAUGUGGUUAUGAGGAUUGUGAUUUUAAUGCUUCAACUGCAGCUAAUCUUCGAAUACAUCUUAAAAAGUGUACUUAUAAAACACUCGAUAAGAAUUUAAAUUGUACACAUUGUGGCAAACGUUUUGUGAAAAUUGGCUUUUUACUUGAGCAUUUAAAAUUACAUGGAUUAAAACGUUUUGGUUGUUCACUAUGUAAAGCACGGUGUACUGUUUCCUAUCAAGCUAUGGCUCAUAUGAGAACAAAACAUAAAAUUCAGUACAGUAAAGUAAUUCCUGCCGAUCCAGAAAAUCCUUCAGCUGAUGGCCUCUUUAUUGUGCAACCUUUACGUCCAACUAAUGGAGAACGAAAAGGUAAAAAACGAAAAACAGCAAAGGCAUCAGAAAAGGAUGCCGAAAAAACAGGUGAUAUUGAAAAAUUAACUUUUGGCCCUGAUGAAAUAGAAUUAUUGCCUCGUCAAGCGAUAUAUAAUCGCGAAGUACAAUGUGCUGUCUGCCCUUAUACUACCAAAGUUAGAACAAAUAUUAUUAGACAUCUGCAACUUCAUGCUAAAGAUGAAACUGUACCAGAAAUUGGCCCAGUCAAUCCAGUACCUUGUUUAGAUAAAAAAGAGAGGAUGUUUGACAAAAUGGUUAAUCUUGCAAGUAGUUCUCAUCAAAAUGGUCGAAUGGGAGGAAAACCUAAAGACUCUCCAAAAGAUAAUGAUGAGAGUUUUAUACCUAAAUUUGUACCAGAACAUAAAAGAUAUGUAUGUAGUGUAGCAGAAUGUAAUUAUCUUACUGUCGAUGAAGCUAUGCUACGAUAUCAUUUAAAAGCAUUGCAUUCAGAUGAACAAUACUUUCGUUGCCCACAUUGUCCACAGCCAUCUUCUGGCCAAGAAGGACAAAAUAUAGCAAUAGAUAAAAUGGGAGUUCAUUUGAAAAUGCAUGAUACCAGACUUUAUAAAUGUUCUCAUUGUAAUCAUCAUCACUAUCAUAGGCAUAUCAUAGAAAGGCAUCUUUCUGAUAAACAUCCGGAAAAGAGGCCAUUUGUUAAAGUAAUUAGAGAAUUAGAAAGUACAGAAAAUAUUCAACAACCAGCUCAAGAAGAAAUGGAAGAAGAAAUUCCAGAUCCAGAUGGUAAUCAUUGGAAAUGUAAUAUUUGUGAAUAUAAAUGUGUUUACAAAGCAGAAAUGAUCACUCAUGCGUCUGUAAGCCAUGACGAUAAGUACCAAUUCAAGUGUACUGUCUGCUCUUUCAAAACUAGUGUAAAAGUACUUCUCGAACAACAUAUCACCAGCAAACAUGCAGGUGAUUCAAAUGCUGAUUAUAUCAUGGCUUACCAGAAGAUAAAAGGUGUAACUAAAAAAUCUGGCGAUUCUUCUGAGCAAGCAGGACAAGAUGAGCCAUUUGAUACUACCCCUCUUUGGAGAAGGGAUAUGCCACGAGUGAGACAUAUUCGUGGUAUCCUUUUAGAGGAUGAAGAGGUAGGAAACGAAACGUCUGUUAAAGGAGGAAAAAGAAAGAGUGAUACAGAUUCAGUUUCUACAAGACCAGCCAAAAUUAAACAUGGUAAAUCAGUGUCUCUCGAUGAAAACAAGCAUUGUAAAGAAAAGUCAAAACGUUCAUUAUCAUGCGAGAAAAUUUCGAUUGAAAUGAAUAAUUCUAAUGAAAUUGAAAAUAAUACAUCGAAGGGAACUAUUGCUGAUAAUAAUGAUACUUCAUUAGAGACAACAGCAAAGGCCAAUUCGUCUAUUGAUGUCAAUGAUUUUAAUGAAUCAGAUGUAGAAAGAUUUGGACCUUAUGGGAAACCUGUGGGUAAUUUGUAUAUAUGUACAUUAUGUGAUCAAUAUAAAACGAAGUACAAACACGAUAUGCGGGAUCAUCUUUACAGAGAAUUAAAUUAUGCAAGAUGGCAUUGUAAGGAUUGUGGAUUUUUGUCGGUAAAUCGUAAUGCUUUAUUAAAGCAUUUUACAAAACAUCAUAAUGGAGAACGACCGGAUCAUGCACCUCUUUCUCCAGAUAAUGCUAUUGAAAAUUGGGUUGGUACUUUACUUAAAAGACAAACUGAUAUAAUGAAAGGAUUAGUGUUAAAACAAGAUAAUAAGGACGAUACGAGUUUGCUAUCUAAUACAAAAGAUACAAUUUUGUCAGAAUCAACAAGAAAUAAAUCUUCUGUUGUUAAAACGGAUCGCGAUAUCAUUAGUAAAGAUAUUGAAAUUGUAAAAAAUGUGAAUUUGGAUAAGAAAAGAAUACGCCAUGAUAUCAUUAACAGAAAUACAAAUGUAGAUAUAAAUGAUGAUAAUAAUGAUGAUAAUGAUGAUGAUAGUGAUAGUGACAAGAAUCUUGUUAUUGCUACCAACGAUGAAGAUGAAUCUUCUCAAGAAGUAGCAGAUGAACAAAUUUUAGAAGCAAAUAAAAGUAAAGAUUUAUUGAAGAAUGAUGCAGAAAAACCUCUAAUCUGUAAGCAUUGCAAAAUGAGAUUUGCUAGAUGGCGUGGAUUAAAAUUACAUGUAAAAAUAACACACUUGAAACGUCUUGGAUUCUUAUGUCCUUAUUGUGAUCGUAGUACUAAUUCUGAAAGCUUGAUGCGUCAACAUAUUCGUUCAAAACAUUCUGGCUGCCCUGAAAAAAUAAUUAAUAAUCCUGAUGCUGGAGGUCCAGAAUUAAGUGAUGAAUUCUGGGAGAAAGAAUAUGGUAUUAUUAGUCCGAAAAAACGUUCUAGAAAAAGAAGACGAAAAGCAAAUGAUCAACUUAUUAAAGAUAAAACCGAUCGUAUAUCACACGAAAUGCAAGAAACUUGUAAUCAAUGUGGUUUUACUGCUAUGAGUUAUGCUGGACUGAAAGCACAUCUAAGAAUACAUGCAUCAAAAAAUGCUCUUAAAUGCCAACAAUGCAAUUUUAGUAGUUCUAUAAAAGCAGAAUUUCGGGAACAUUGGGAGCUUAAUCAUUCACAUUUACCAUUUAAAAUCACGGACGAUAUGUUAAUGGAGGAUAUUGAAUCUACCAGUGAUGAUAUAAAAGAUGAGAAAUGUAAAAAAGAUACCGAAGGUUGUAAUACAAAAGAUGGAAAUUGUACAAAUAACUAUAGUUCAAAAGAAAGAAGAUUCUCUUGUUACUAUUGCAAAAUGCAAAGUAGUUCUUUAGAGAUACUACGAAAACAUUGGAGUUUAAGUCAUCAAACUUCGACAAUAGAUGAACUAAAAGGAACGAAAAUAGAUCUUCCAUUUAAAUAUAAAGAAAUUCUCGUACCAGUUUCAUGUGUAAAAAAUAUAGAAGACAGUGAUGUUAAUAUGGCUGUACAAAAUGUGAAUAAUUGCAAAAUUAAAGGAUGGGUUUGUCAGUGGUGCGACGAGCUAUGUUAUUCCGAAAGUGCUAUGAAAGCUCAUCAAAAUAUGUUUCACUCUCAUUUACCGUUUCAUUUCAAAACGGAUAAUGGAGAAGAGUUACAUAAAAUAUACGUUUGUCCUAUAUGUUCUUUCACAACGAUUUUUAUUAAUGACAUGAGAAAACAUGCGUCCAAACACAUCAAUCUUUUUAAAUGUAAACAUUGUGAUAAAACCUUUAAUAAUCCAACUCAAGUUGAAAUUCAUAAUAAUAAAGAACAUCCACAAUUACAAGUAAAAAUAGAAAGCAUAACAAAUUAUAAAGAUAUGUUGGAAAACAUAAUGGAAAAAGUUUUGUGGAAUAGCAUGAAUGGGACAGAAGUAAAAGACGAAACGAAACAAGAGAAAAAGUUAUUAAAACCAAAAUUAAAAAAUCGUGCAGUUGCCAGAAAAUCUACUGCCAAGUCAACUAUACGUAUGCGUAAUAGUCCAUACAAAGUAAAAGCUGUAGCUCGGAAAUCUACACAUCCAUUACCAAGAUAUCCUUCUGGUACUAAUUUUUUAAUUAAUAAUUAUAAAAAUCAAGAUAAUUCUAACAAAUCUACAUUUAACCAAUUUUCGUUUUAUGGAAUUCCAUCAAAACCUAUUAACUUAGGACAAUUAAGUACAUACAUGGUAGUUGGAGGUCAUAGAAUGAAAGUAAAUUGUACUACUCUUGCUCAGCUGAUAAACAUUAAUCCACAUAUAAAACUUAAAGAUAUUAAAUAUGAUGUAAAGUAUGUUUCCAUAUUUUCAAGAACAAAACAGUGAAAUUUAUUAAACGUUGACUAUCAAAGUAACUCUAUACACAACACAGUAAAAUAGCAAGUAUAUUCAAGUAGUGAUUGGACUUAUAAUAUAUAUAAUUAAAUAAGUAGAUGUGUCGAUUUUUUUUUUAUAAUAGUAUUGAUAUAACUUGAAUAAUAUUUAUGCAAAAACUUUUAUUUCUUUUAAUUAAAUAUUAUAUUGUCUGCUUAGUAAUUUUGUUUAAUAUUUAGAUAAAUACUUAAAAUAAAAAUAUUAGGUUGUCACAAAAAUUUUUUUCGUUUUUUAAUACUGCCAAAUAAAGCAGCUGCGUGCGGAUAGCGAAAGAAACUUUUGGGACAAUUUAAUAUUAUAAUAUAUAAAUAAACUUAUUUUUUUUAUUAGGUCUUACAUUUAUUUAUAAUAUUCCGUUAAAAUAUUAUUAUUUAUUAAUAAAUUAUAUUAUUUAAUAUUGUUUACUUAUAUAGUGUGUAAUAAGACAAGUGUUUGUUGUUUGUUUAACAAGUUUCUUAUGCAAUGUGCAAGUAUCAAUGUUAAACAAGUAUAGUAUAAAAAUAGAAGUAACAAAAAAAUGCAUUGCAUCAUUAAAUAAAUGGAAAAUCCUAUCAAAUAAUCUGAUAAGAUUUGGCAGUAUAAAUAUUUUGAUACAAAAUAAUGAUUUUUCAGUUUUACAAUUAUAUUUAGAUCACAACUUGGUGAUGGCAAAUAAUUUUCAGAAAGGAAUGAGUUAUAAACUUAGAAAAUUUCGGAAAAUUUUUUUGUUUAAGAGUUAUUUCUUAUUUAUUUUGUAUAGGAUAAUAAGCUAAGAUACUAGUACUAUAAUAAUAAUCGUUUUGUGUAAAUAGUCAACAUAAUCAUUGUAUACAAACAGAAAUAGUUGUAUAAUUGUAUUGGAUGUAUAUUAUCUAAUGAUACCUUUUUUCUGCUACUAUUACAAUUAUCUAAUGAUAUCUUUUUCUGCUACUAUUACAAAAUAAAUAAAAAAAUUAAUCGAUAAAUAGUAAAUACUUAAAAAAAAAGAAAUUAAAAAUGAUGUUACUAUAUAAAAAAAUAAGACUGAGAGGUAUCCUGAACAUUAGAUCAUGUGUAAUUAUCAUAACUGUAAAUACUAUGUAUCAUAAAUGUCAAAUAAAUAUUUUUGAUUUUUAUAA